AAUUUAUUCAUAGGAAGAAUGAUUUUGUAAAUGAUCAAAUUUGUAAAUCGUUGUCAAUAUAUUUGAUUUAAAAAAAAAAAAAACUAGUUUCUAUCAAUUUAAUAAAGACAGUCUAGGUUUCCCGUAUAAUUAGACUCAAUCUUGCUCGUUAUUCUAAUACAUAUAAUCAAGAAGCAAAGUGUUCUAUGCACAAGAAUUUUUUUAUAGAAUUAAUAAUACGAUUUCUGAAAUGAUUAAUCGAUGAAUAAAUCGACCAAGAAUAGUAAAUAUGUUUGAUGUAAAAACAAACGAAAUUCUAAUUUAAUAACGAGAGCCUAAGUUCUUCACAUUUGUUAGAUUCAAACUUCCUUAUUACUUCACAUACAUGACCAAGGAGCCACGUGCAUCCACGAGACUGUGUUCAUACAAAUAAUGAUACAAUUUCGUUAUCAGUCAAUUAACCGAGUACAGUAAAUACAUUUGAUUAAAAAAAGAGUAGUUUCAACCCAAUGACCUAGUAAAAAAAUGAGACCUCAUCAAUGAAAAUCGAUGCGUCUACGAGGCGUUCGUGCAGCGGAAGGACAAUUCCUUUAGGAGAAUCAAUUACAGAGAUUCCAGCGCGAGAAAAACGAAUUGUAGCUGCCAAAGGCGUCCGAGGGACCCGCGGCGAGUAACGGACAGGAGGAGGAAUCGGUGAGAGGUGUCCGGGGCAAGAUGGGACUUAUUCCACCUUUCAGGCCCCCGAAGAUGUUCCCCAGACACAGUCGGGUGGGAAGAAUCUGGGUUACUCGAGCCAGAAGGGAAUGUGGGCCGGCUAUAUACCGGUCGCCACCUCGUCCAUCGCAGUUCAUUCUUCUUUCUCGCCGCGAUCGAUCCUGGACGAGAGAGGUUCACGCGUUCACCCAUUGGGCAAACCGAAAAAAUAUAACUACGCGCGUACGCAGGACUUUUUCUCGUGCUUCUCAUCCAUCCCGAGGAACCGUGCAACGAGUGGACGUACGCUUCCCUUCAAAGUUACAAGCAUGAGGACGAUAUGGCUGACGCUGGUGCUGGUCGCCGCUAUGGCGAACGCUCAACGGAGACUUGCCCUCCCCGACCCUCGUAGCUGCGCUAAUCGGGUACGACACGCGACGUACAGAGACGCGAGGGGAGUCGCACACUCGUACUUCUUCAGUUGGGAACAUCAACCGACCAGAAGCCUUGAAGUAGAUUGGCUCGACUCUCGUAAUAUCUGUCGUAGACAUUGCAUGGACGCUGUCUCUCUUGAAACUCCUCAAGAGAACGAGUUCAUCAAGCAGAGAUUAGCAAGAGGUAACGUGAGAUACAUCUGGACGUCCGGGCGCAAGUGCAACUUCAACGGCUGCGACAGACCAGAUCUCCAACCGCAGAAUAUUAACGGUUGGUUCUGGUCCGGUUCCGGAGCCAAGAUCGGGCCGACUACUCAACGGAAUACCGGAGACUGGAGUCACACCGGUGGAUACGGACAGGCGCAACCCGACAAUCGCGAAGCUGCUCAGGGCAACGACGAGUCCUGCUUGUCGAUCUUAAACAACUUCUACAACGACGGCAUCAAAUGGCACGACGUAGCUUGCCACCAUCGAAAACCAUUCGUCUGCGAGGACAGCGACGAGUUAUUGAAUUUCGUCGCCUCUAGAAACCCAGGCAUCCGCCUUUAAAGUCCCCCCCAGCUUCUGUCGAUUCUUGAAUGUUCAAAACCUGAAUUCGUUCGACUGCGAACUUCUAAUUUAUUACGAUUCGAUCUCAAAUUCAAUUUGUUUCUAUUAAUUGGAUACGAAAUUUCUACAUUUUUCGAAUAUCCUACUUGGGUAUUGAACAAUCAAGGGUUUUAGGUUUUAGAUCGAGUAGACCCGACCCUCCAUCUAAGUUUAACUUUUGUAUUCUUUUUUCUAUACAAAAUAAAACACAUUCGCCAUUA